AUGUCGUCUCUCUGGAACACUUUUAGCGGACAAAAGUCCUCGCAGAAGGACGCGGUCGCUACGUACGCCCCGGCGCAACCCUCCUCGCAGCCCAGAUCGACCCUCGAGUCUACGGCCUUCGACCCAUCCCAAGGACAAGGCGUCGAGGCCUUCCUCCAGAGCUCCAGCUUCUCCGAUCCCUCUCAACUACACCCUCUGUCCGGUCUCAACAAGGACACUCUCGAAUACCUCUCCCUCGAAGACGCCGCCCUCUCCGAUGUCCCAGGCGGCCAGUCCGUCCUUCCUUCGCGCGGCUUCACAGAUGAUCUCUGCUACGGCGCUGGCGUCACAUAUCUCACCGCCCUCGGCCUCGGAGGUGCUUGGGGCCUGCAGGAGGGUUUGAGGCGGUCCGUCAACCAGCCACCCAAGCUGCGCCUGAACUCCGUCCUCAACGCCGUCACCCGCCGUGGCCCCUUCCUUGGCAACUCCGCCGGCGUUGUCGCCAUCACCUACAACUGCUUCAACGGCGCCAUCGGGUACUUCAGGGGGAAGCACGACGCCGCCAACACCAUUGCCGCUGGCGCGUUGAGUGGCAUGCUCUUCAAGAGCACCCGGGGGCUCCGCCCCAUGCUCAUCUCUGGUGGUAUCGUUGCCGGUGUCGCCGGUGCCUGGGCUGUCACCCGCAGGACCUUCUUCACGAUCCCCGAGGUCAACGAGCGCGAGCACGAGCACGCCACUCUGUAA